GUCUACCGGGGAUCUGCUUAGGUUGGCUGGAAAGCAGAAAGAGAUUCCUCACCCGCCAGCCAAACCCAGGAUCCAAAAUGAUCCCAGCUCUCUUGGUUACUAUAUGCUUAACAAUGUUUUCAUACCAAGUGAGUUCUGCAAAGGAGUCCUGGAAAGUUAAGGAUUAUGAAGUAGUGUAUCCACAAAAAGUCCAUGCGUUACACAAAAGAGACGUAGGAGCAGCUCAGAAGCCUGACCAAAAAACUAAGUAUGAAGAUACCAUGCAAUACGAAUUUAAAGUGAAUGGAGAGCCAGUGGUCCUUCACCUAGAAAAAAACAAAGAACUUUUUUCAAAAGAUUACACUGAGACUCAUUAUUCCCCAGAUGGAAGAGAAAUUACAACGAGCCCCUCGGUUGAGGAUCACUGCUAUUAUAAUGGUCACAUCCAGAAUGAUACUGACUCAACUGCAAGCAUUAAUGCGUGUCAUGGUUUGAAAGGGUAUUUCAAGAAUGAUGGUGAGAAGUACCUUAUCGAACCUUUGAAGCUUUCCAACAGUGAAGCCCAUGCACUCUACAAAUAUGAAAGCCUGGAAAAAGAGGACAAGACCCUCAAAAUCUGUGGGGUAACCAACACUACUUGGGAAUCAGAUGAGCCCCUCAAAAAGACCUCUCGGGCGAUCACGAAUGCUGAAAAAAAGGAAUACUUGCAGGCCAAAAAACAUGUCGAGCUUUUUAUAGCUGUAGACAACAGAGUGUUCAGGAAGUUUAACCGCAACGUGACUGCUGUAAGGCUGAGAGUAUUUGAUAUAGUCAACUAUAUAAAUGUGGUUUAUAAAGUUUUGAACACUCACAUAGCAUUGAUUGGCUUAGAAAUUUGGUCCGAUGAAGACAAGAUUGUGGUCGACCCAACAGCAGGUGUCACUUUGGACCGCUUUUCGACAUGGAGACAUUCGGUUUUGUUGAAGCGCAAAAGGAAUGAUAAUGCUCAGUUACUCACGGGUAUUGACUUCAGUGGACCAACUGUAGGAUUGGCUUUUGUUGGUACCAUGUGCAGUUCUUCGUUUUCUACAGGAGUUAUUCAGGAUCACAGCAACAACCCGAUUUCUAUUGGGGCAACAAUGGCCCAUGAGAUGGGUCAUAAUUUUGGCAUGGAACAUGACUCAGAUUUGUGUACUUGUAGCUCUGGCACAUGCAUUAUGACUGCCCAACAUAGCUAUAAACCUCCCCAGGACUUCAGUUCUUGCAGUUUCCAGGAAUAUCAGAACUAUAUCAUAACUAAAACCCCACAAUGCAUCAUCAACAGACCCUCGAGCAAAGAUAUAGUUUCACCUCCAGUUUGUGGGAAUGACUUCGUGGAGGAAGGAGAAGAAUGUGACUGCGGCUCUCCAAAGGAAUGUAAAAAUGAGUGCUGCGAUGCUGCAACUUGUAAACUGAAACCUGGGGCAAAGUGUGGACAUGGGGAGUGUUGUGAGAAAUGCCAGCUUAAGAGAGCAGGAGCAGUAUGCCGGGCAGUGAAGCAUGACUGUGACUUGCCUGAAAUGUGCACUGGCCAGUCUGCCCAGUGUCCCUUGGAUCGCUUCCGUAUCAAUGGACACCCAUGCCAAAACAACCAAGGUUACUGCUACAUGGGGAAGUGUCCCACCUUGGCAAACCAAUGUAUUUCUCUCUGGGGCCCAGGUGGGAAAGUGGCUGCAGAUUCCUGUUUUGGGGUCAACCGGAAAGGGGUUUAUUACGGCUACUGCAGAAAAGCAAAUGGCACAUACUUUCCAUGUAAAACCAAGGCUAUUAAAUGUGGCAAGCUAUAUUGCAUAGGUGGUUCGGAAAUGCCCGUAGGUGGAAGCCUGGUGGAAUUUGGUUCAUGCAGAGGCAGCUUUGCAAGAGGAGGUGAACAAGAUGUUGGAAUGGUUGAUCCUGGAACAAAAUGUGAAGAAGGAAUGGUCUGCAACAACGGGCAGUGUGUUGAGAUAGAAACAGCCUACAGAUCGACCAACUGUUCCCACAAAUGCACAGGAAACUCUGUAUGUGACCAUGAACUGCAGUGCCAGUGCAAAGAAGGAUCAGCACCUCCUAACUGUGAUGAGCCCACAGGAAAUAAAUAUAUCAUCAUCAUUGUUGUAACUGUGGUGGUCUCUGUAGCCACGGCUAUCCUCCUUGCAGUUCUCUUCGGCUUCUACAUUUUAAAGAAGAAACAAAAAGACAGCAUUCACAAAAGUGCACCUGCAACCACAAAUCCUUCUUUCUCUGGUCCAGAUCAGAAGAGGAAACAGCAUCUUGGUUCAGUGUCCAAUGAUCUAGAGAUAAAUUCUUCCAGAUUUCUCCUCCCAAUUCCAUUCCAAGGAAAUACACCAGAAGUCCAAGUUAAAAUCCCAGCUGAACCAUUACGACACACAUAUGAAAAUGCCAGAAUGCCCAUUGUGAAACCAAAUAUCCCACCACCUCCAGUUCCAACAGCAAAAUCCACCAUAUAUCCAUCUAUGUCAAAAAUAAUGAAUCCAGCUCCUUCUUCUGACCUUCAGUCUAAGCCAGCUCCUCCUCCGCCUCCACCCCAGGCGCUGAAACCCACUAAAUAAUCUCAGGGUAUGAAACAAAACAAGAAUCAGAAAUGAUACCGAUUCUCUGAUUUCCAAGAAGACCUUUUCCAUUUUCUCAGUUUCCAUACCUGCAAAGGACAACUGAAUGGUGACUUCUUUCCACAAGUUUAAUGCUUCCUCUGCAGCGGGGAAUGUCUUUUUAACUUUGGGGACAGCAUCGCCUGUAGUAAGGAUGGGAACUGAUAAGAAGAUCUUCAGCGUUCUUCCAUUAUAUCCUUGAAUAUCAAAUGGGGAGAUCCUAGCAGAGUUGGGAUGAUUUUGUGAAUUGUGAACCGAGCCAAAAGAUGCAUAGAAGCAAAUGAUGCCUCUGUAGGAGAUUUAAACACCCAUCACUGCCAACUGUGGACAAAAUCAAAACUAAAGAAAUUUUUUUUUGAUGCUUGAAGCAGAAGUGGAAACAGAAACUGUCCUGCCUACUGAAUUAAUCACUUUAUUCUCUUGGAGUACAAAAUGACUGAGUCUUGCAUGAUGCCACCAGAUUCUUUGACAUAAGCGAAGGCGGAUCUCUUUGAACCUUCUCUCUACCUGUGCAAACAAAGAAGCAGAGAUGAGACUUAGGGACUCCAGUGCCUAUUGUUUAUUGCUCAAGGACUUUUCAAGGUACAAUUGUAUUAGCUCUGCCAACUUUUUUCAUCAGAUUCUGCUCCUAUUCCCUAAGGCUACAUGUAACCUUUGGCUUAAUUUCAAAAGCCAUUGGCAAGUGACCCUUUCAGGCUUCUAGUAGAGAUAUUUAGCCCUUUUGGGGUGCUGGCUUGAGAGAAAAGGAAUACUUUAAAAAAAUAACAAGGGAGAUAAAGAAGUGGAAUUCCUGGUGCUUUUUGCCUCUGGUCAGCCUUGACCAGUUCCUAGGACAUUUGCAGCUGAGUGGUCAAGAUAGUGGCUCUGAUUAUGCCAUUGAAGCACACACCCCCCCCUUUUACAUAUGUGCAUUAAAAGAGGCAGGGCAUUAAUGGCAUGGCUACAGCUUUCAUCCUGAUUUCUUGAUUCCCCUCCCCAUGGAUACCCCUGAGUAUAAUUCUAAAGGCCCAGCUGUAAUCUGCAAUAGGCUUUCAUGCUGUCAAAAGCUUCUUCUACUGAUUCUUGCAGAUCAACCUUCUCAUAAAGAGAAAGAGUAAUGAGCCAUUUGCAGGAAAAGAACCAACCAAGGACUCAAUAGUUAAACAUUGAGCCACGUAUGUUCUUGAGUAUUUAAAAGGAAAGUGAUAGAGACAGAGAUAGAGAUAGAGACAGACAUGAAGAUCUGAUAACUCUAAACGGUAGAAGGAAUUCAUUAUUAGCAUUUGAAUAGGUUGGGAUCCCCUUGGAGGUCAUUUUAAGUACUUUCUUUUUGUUACAUUACUAUUAAAAAAAAAAACACUUAAAUGCUUAGACCCUUCAAGGAUAACAUUUUCAUUAAGCAGCCAAACAGUUCAUGGGUUAAAAUGAUAGGAAAGGUUAGGAGGCAGGAUUCCUUAAAGUAGUACAAUAUUAUUUUUUUAAAAAAUGUGCUACUGUUUGAAAAAGUCAGUUGUGAGACUAAGGGAGCUAUCGGGAUAGGUGCAAUAGGAGCCAAAAGAUGUGAUUUGAAAAAAUGUAAUGUGAUUUGAAAAAAAAAACAGGUCAAGGAACAGAACCAAAAGUAUAUAAUUUUGUUGAAUUUUUUUUUUUUGGUAUUUUUUUACUUGUGUUUUAAGUAAGGCCACUUCUGAAAUCCUCCACAUCUAAAAUUCUUUCUGAGUUUGUAAGCUUUUGAUUGACUGAUCUUGUCUGUGAUUUUUCCAUUGUAUUUUUGUGUGGAAAAGGAAGUGACACUGUUUGCUCAGUUUUCACUUCCUUCGUGUUUCUUCCUCCUCCCUUCUUCAUUUUGCACAUGAAAAAACACUGCAAAAAAAAAAACCAACAACAUUGAUACACAUCUCCACAUCCACCCAAUUUUAUAUGUUGUUUUGCUUAUUGCAAGAAACACCCAGAACGGGGCGGAAUUAUGAUGCACCUUCUUGGGUUACCACAAGGCUACUGUUUUGCAGUGCUUUUUACUGUCCAUUUUGCUCAAAAGGGGGUGCAAAGGCAUCAAAGAAACUGAGGCAACCUGUACAUGUUUAGGAAAUGUCAGUUGAAUUGAAAUUUGAGAGGAAUGACAUGGAGAGCUGCCUUGAUUGGUGACUUACAUUUCUCAGUAUGCUUAUGGGAUUUCUAAUACACUACAAAGAAGCAGAAGUUGAGAAAAAGAAUGUCAGUUAAAUGAAUCAAAGAUUGAGUGCGCUUGUUUCUCAGUCUAAGUUGGAUAUACCUUGCACAUAUGGGAGACAUGACUAGGACAGCAUAAACCUGUGAUUUGGAUUUUCAGCUUGAAGGCAAUUGGGUCAACUUUCCAACCAGAAUAACAGAGUUGGAAGGGACCUUGGAGGUCUUCUAGUCCAAACCUCUGCUCAAGCAAGACAUGCUGUACCAUCAGAGACAAUGAUUGUCCAAUCUCUUCUUAAAAACCUCCAAUAUUGGAGCACCCACAACUUUUGGAGGCAAGUCCUUCCACUGUUUAAUUGUUAAUUGGAUCUCUCCUUGAUUAGUUUCCAUCCAUUGCUUCUUGUCCUGCUUUCAGCUGCUUUGGAGAAUAAAUUGACCGCCUCUUCUUUGUGGCAGUCCCUUAAAUAUUGGAAUACUGAUAUCAUAUCACCCCUAGUCCUUCUUUUCAUUAAAUCUGAAUGAGAUUCAGACCAGAAUCUGAAAGUCAAGAAAAACUGAACUGUUUAAUUGAAUCAGGUACUUGAAAAAUGAUCUAAAAAUGUAAAAAGCUUUUGCAUAUAUAAAAAGUCCCCUUUCCCCAUUAAUUCAGGAAAAAAAUGUAAUUGAUUUUCUGAAUUGAAUUGAAAUUAGAUUUCAAGAUGUUUUUAAAAUAGCCUUCGGGUCUGAGUAAACAUCUCAUGUUCUAUCAAAGAAAGUUAUGUCAUCUUCAGAAAGACAACAGUCAAUUACAAUUACAACUAAUUACAAAUAGAACUCCAUACUGUAAACAGCUUUCGAAGUUGGCACCUUCAAAGUAGUCAGAUAGAUAGAUUUGACAAUCUUAGAAUUUUCUAAGCAGCAUAACCAUUGAUCAAGAUUUAACAAGGCAUGGAGAGGCAAGCACUUUUUUUAAAAAAAAAUUGAUUUAUAUGCCGCCCUUCUCCGGAGACUCAGGGCGGCUUACAAUGCGUUAAGCAAUAGCCUUCAUCCUUUUGUAUAUUUAUACAAAGUCAGCUUAUUGCCCCCACAAACUGGGUCCUCAAUUUACCUACCUUAGAAAGGAUGGAAGGCUGAGUCAACCUUGAGCCUGGGGAGAUUCGAACUUGCAGUAAUUGCAAGCAGCAGAUGUUAAUCACAAUGCUUUUAGUCUGCUGAGCCACCAGGCCCUUGGCCUGGUGGCUCAGCAGCCACCAUGGGCAUUUGUGAAGUGGAUGGGAUAUAGUUCUCCACUGCAUGUCCUCUGCACCAAAAAUAGCCCAGAUUGACAUGUGGAAAUCACCAUAAAAUGUGCCUUAUCUGUACUGAUUGUACCUGUUCCAUCACUUCUCUUCCAGUGGCAUUAUCUUAUUCUAGAGGAGGUGUGGGCAGGCUCUUUAAGUGUCAAAUGUUUGUUUUUUUUUAAAGAUGAAUUGGAAUUAUACAAGUUUGCAAAGUCUUAAAAGAUUUCAACUUUUUAUGUGUUCUUAUAUACGAAUGCCAAAAUUUUGCAUGCUCAGCUGAAAUCUUGCAUUAUUUCAUUGUAUAACACUGACAUCUUGUGGAUUUUGGCACACAUCUAGGAUUUUGGCUGUUUUAAUAGAAUUAAAUAUAUUGCCUUUUAAUUUUAGGUUUCCAGGUAGGCAUAAAUCACAUGUAGGAAACUUCAAGUUCAAUUUGGGAGUCAGGUAUAAAUAGAGAAUAUUCAUUUCUGUUAGGAGUGAGGGAGCAUAUAUACUGUCUGGGUGACAGUUAUCACCAACCCUUCCUUUCCUGUGUCUAAAUUUAGCAAAAUUGAUUGCAAGAUCAGAAGAGGAAGGGAUAUUCGCAUUGGCUUGAAUUUAAAUACAGAAUGGUCCUCAAUUUACAAUGGCAACUGAGACCAAAAUUGUUAUCACUGAGUGAUGCGAUCAUAAAGCAAAGGUGUACAAGAAGUGCUGGUUGGGAAGACAUCGUAAACCCCCCUCCCCCCCAUUCAGAAUCACUGUAAUUUCAAAUUGCUGAAAGAAUAAUUGUAAAUCGAGGACUACUACAGACUUAUCCAUGAGAUUAGAUUGUCUAGUUUAUAGGGAUUAGAAAAUUAGUGUACAUUAAUAUACAUUGCACAUGCUUGUCAUCUUGAGGAUUUUUAGUGGUGGGGGGAAACAGGGUGCUGGAGAAAAAAAAUACUUGCAGGUGAAAAGUAGGAUUCUAAUUCUCUUCUUGGCAUCUGCAAUUCCCCUACAGUUUCUCUUCCAGGCCUGUAGAACUGUUAGAAGCAAAUGACAAAUUGCUAGUCUGGUCAAACGAGAGUUAGUUAAGAGAGUUAGAAGGUUAAAUGCAGAUCAACUCAAUGUUGCAUUGAAAUCUGCCUUGCAACUUAUCGACUGUUUGACCGUUGUAAAUAAAGACAUUAUUCUGUAUUCUUUUCAGAAUGUUUGUGGGUUUAUUUCAAACUUGCCUGGUUUGUUUUUUUUCAGUUUAUUUUAUUGUUGUUAUUGGCAGCGGGGACUUCUCUUAAACCUUUCUCUUACACAUCUUCCUACCCCAAACUGGAAAACUCAAGGAAUUCUUUCCUUGAGGUCUCUGCUAGAAAUUAAUGGAAACAUGGAAAGCCAUGGAGGCUGCAAAGUCAACCUGUGCAAUAUUUUUUUCCCCUUUGCACAAACACUUUUAUGUCUAGUUAAAUUGUGAUUUAAAAUAUUAUGUUAUUAUUAUGUAAAAUAUGGAAUAAUACCUCUAUUUAAAAUGUUCUUAUAUAAACGCUGCUUAUAAAAAUAAAUAUGACCAUGUCUUUUUUGUUAAGA